GCGGUGGGUGCUGUGCGUGGCCUCGUGGCUCUCACCAGAAACGUCGUCAUCUGGGAAACGGCUUUGGGCAGGGCGCCUCGAUGUUGCUUGUCGAGCAACAAUCAUUCUGGCUUCCAACUCAAAAAUCCCAUGUCAUGGAAUGCCGUUCAAAUAGGGCUUUGCGGGGGUCUGGCAGCUUCGGCAAGCUUUCCCGCUUCCAUGCCCGGCAUUGGUCAAUGCUUGUGUCAUGCGUAUGACGGGAGGACACGGCCACCACUCACUCAACACCCACCCACCACCACUACGCGCAUUGAAACCCAUCCCAAGCUUGCCCCCGGCCCCCGUUUGCCGUUUGAUGUCGAUCCAACGGCCCCAGAAAAAAUGAACCCACGCUGGCGUCUUCUCGCGUGAGCCUCUGCCGCCUCGAUGGGGCCGGCCCUAUCACUGCACUCUCACUACACCCCUGCUGGUCUGAUCUGACCGUGCCUGAAACCGAGCCGAGCCGCAAGCAUUGCUCCCUCCCCGAAUCGCAACAGCUGCCUUUCCCCAAUCAUCCGAGCAGGGACAUGCGCUGCGGCACUCGGCAGUUCGCAAAUAAGCGCGUCAGGGGCGGCCUGGCUGAAGGGCAUGAGGGGGGAAACGAUUGAUAAAAAGGGCAGGCUCCGAUGAAUUGGUCAUCUCUCCCUCUCGAGUUGUUUCUUCUCCUCCUUCCCCUCUGCCGCUUUGGAAUUGCUUCAUUUCUAUUUGGUUAACAUCACCUGCUCGAGGCUGGGAUCGGGUUUGGCAACCAGGGCUGCAAAUUGUCAAAGAAAGCUGUGAUAUCCAAUGCGCCUUAUCUGACUCCUUGUCUAGCUCUUCGGCUCGCUUGCGUGCCCCUUCACUUCUUGUCUAUCCUUUCCUAUCCCUUACUUCUAGACCCGGCAGUGUCGCGGUCGCCCUCUUUAUCUCAUUCUCCUUUCACCCUCAGGAUAGGGUCUCGUUAUCUCGCAUCAACUUCCAUGAUGGCAAGAUUUCCCGCCCUUGCUACCUUACUCUUGACCGCCGCCUCUGGUGCACUGGGCCAGGCUGGUGGGAGCGGCGGCGGCGCGGCGGCGGACGAAGGUCUCCACAGCCUCGCUGUGAAGGCGGGCAAGCUUUAUUUCGGGACUGCUACGGAUACGAACAACUUUCGCGAUGCGACGUACACGGGCAUCGUCAAGGACGUGAGGGAGUUCGGCCUGGUUGUACCGGAGAACAGUAUGAAAUGGGGAAACAUCCAGCCGAGGCCCGAUGAGUUCAACUUCGACCCCCCGAACCAGGUCGCCAACCUGGCAAAGUCGGACCAGCGCCUGCUCCGAUGCCACACGCUUGUGUGGCACUCGCAGCUACCGAGCUUUGUGCAAAACGGACAAUUCACAAAAGAAAGCCUCACCAAGGUUAUUGAGACGCAUAUCAACCGUGUCAUGGGCCACUUCAAAGGACAGUGCUAUGCAUGGGAUGUCGUCAACGAGGCCGCCAACGAGGACGGCUCGUUCCGCAACUCGGUCUUCUUCAAAACGCUUGGCAAAGAUUUCAUCCCGCUCUCCUUCAAGCUCGCCGCUGCUGCCGACCCGGCGGCCAAACUGUAUUACAACGACUUCAACGUCGAGUUCAAGGGCAAAAAGGCCGACACAGCCCUCAGCAUCGUAAAGCUGGUCAAGGACGCGGGAGAGCGCAUCGACGGCGUUGGCUUCCAGGGCCACUUCACCGUGGGGAAGACCCCGAGCCGCCAGGACCUGGCCACGCACCUCAAGCGCUUCACCGACCUGGGCGUCGAGGUCAGCUACACGGAGCUCGAUAUCCGCCACUCCAAGGUGCCAGCCAACGCGGCGGCCCGCCAGCAGCAGGCGACCGACUACACCAGCGUCGUCGGCGCCUGCCUGGACACGCCAAAGUGUGUCGGCGUCAUCGCGUGGCAGUUCACGGACAAGUUCUCGUGGAUCCCCGGCACGUUCCCCGGCGCCGGCGAGGCGUGCCUGCUGGACCAGAACUACCAAAAAACUCCCGCCUACACGGCCGUGGCGGAACUCCUCCGGUCCGCGGCAGCAGGGGGUGGUGCCGCCAACCGCGGCACCAACCGGACCGCCGACGCCUCCGCCCUGGACACGCUCGAUGGUGGCCUCAGUCCGGCUCCCAUCUCACCCCCUGUGCCGGUCAAAAACGAAGGUGGCGGCGAUCCGUCCGCGCCCGCCGCCGCGCCGGUCGAGGCCAACGAGAAGAGCACGGCCGCCGGCAAGGCCGCCCCCGUGGCCGCGGGGAGCUCCAUGCUGCAGCCGACCCUGGGCGGCGCUUGCCUCGCCAUGGCCAUGGUCGCGGCCGGCAUGCUGUUUCUCUAAUCCGCGAAGCGCGCCUGUACGAUAGGAUUUCGCCUGGCCCAUCGCAAUGACCAUAUCCAGAUCGGCCACGCCCGUCACGUGUGUUGGACAUACAGUCUGCUGCAAACUGCCGCACGAUGAACACGAAUGAUGUAUAUAGUAUGUAUCGAAAUCAACGCAGGUUCAGAUACAGAUAGAAUUAUCAUUAUUAUGGCUUGCUGUUGCGAUACGUCUGAUGAGACGCGAAAAUAGUUACAAAGAAUUGUCGCCGUAUGUUGGCGCGGGCAGGGAG